AUGAAGUUAGACAAUUAUUGAAUGUCGGGUUUAAAAGAUUACAGUUUCUUUUCUCUUAUAGUCAGUAUAAAUAAAUGCUCGAAACUUGCUCAGCUCGAAUAAACAAACAAUGAUGAAGCUAGUAGCAACUCUACUGUGCUUUGUGGCAGUCACUCAGGCCAACUUCACCGUCAAACAGAUGGAAAAGAUCCACUCAUCGUUUGUGAACUGCACGACCAACUUGAACAUCCCCGAGGACACCGUCCACUACGAGCAGAUCACCGUUACCGGAAACCUGACCGUCAAGGAUCCGAUGUACAAGCGAAACCUGCUGUGCCUGAUGCAGGGCAUGCAUAUCGCCAAACCGACCGGCGACAUUGACAUGUCGAACAUGCGGGAGUUCCUGCGGGAUGGCCACGACGAAAAGUCGCUGGGGGAAAUGCUGGAAGUCUGCGCCAAAACGGCGAAGGGCGCGACUCCGGAAGAGAAGGCCUACCAGUUUCAUCAGUGCUUCUGGUCGCAGGAUAAGUUUGUGGUGUGAUGGGUUUGACGGUGAAAUCAAGAUUUGCUGUGUUAAAAUAAAUAAAAUUGAAAAUAAAACAAUACUAGGAAGGAGGAUCCAUAAUCUAUGCUUGAAAAAAUAAUAACAAUCACGCACUUGUUAUUGCUAGGUCAGUAACUGAUAAUAAAUUGUUUAUUGAAUUCUAUUGAGCCAGUCUCAAUAGAUAAUAGAAUGAAGCUGAUAAAGAAGGUUCAAAUAGGCUGAAAAAUA